UGUUUGAAAUUUGAAUGUUGUUUAUUUUUUGUGACAUUCUUAGAACUUGGGAUGAUAAUGGUCUGUGUUCACUAGCCUGAAACUUCAGAUCAUAUUCUUUGCAAAACAAGAAAUCUAAGAUGGAGAAACUGAAAAAGGUCUCGCCAUUUAGACUCUCUUCUCUGAUCCGUCUCGAGAAAGACCCUAAACUCGCCCUGCAACUCUUCCUCAAUCCCAACCCUGGACAGACCCAUAACGCUUCUCCGAUUCGCUACUCGAUCCUCUCCUAUGAUCGCAUCAUCUGCAAGCUCGGCCGUGCCAAGAUGUUCGACGAAAUGGAGACAAUCCUCGAGAAGUUGAAGGAAGACACUCGUGUGAUCCCCAAAGAAGUGAUCUUUUGUAACAUUAUAUCAUUCUACGGCCGAGCUCGUAUGCCCGAGCGAGCUAUCCGUACUUUCCACGGAAUCCCAGAUUUUAGAUGCCGGAGAACGAUGAAGUCUGCGAAUAGUUUGUUGAGUAGCCUCUUACUUUGUCGGGAAUUUGCAAAAAUGGAAGAGAUCAUUUCGUGUUUUGGAAAUUACGGUUGCCCGGAUGUUUGUACGUAUAAUAUAUUGAUCAAUGCCUGCUGCAUUCUUGGUGAUUUAACUAAUGCAUGGAAUGUGUUUGAUGAAAUGCGGAGCAGAGGACCUUUGCCUAAUGUGGUAACUUUUGGGACACUAAUUAACGGGCUUUGCUCCAAUCUUGAGAUGGAAAAGGCGAUUGAGUUGAAGGAAAGUAUGAUUAGGGAAUUUAAGUUGAAGCCUAAUGCUUAUUUAUACGCUGCCCUAAUCAAAGGACUUUGUAAAGACAAUAAAUUGGAUCUGGCAAUAACCAUGAAGGAGGAGAUGUUGAAGAAGAGAGUAGAACUGGAUUCUGCUAUAUAUGCUACUCUGAUCAGUGCAUUUUUCAAGAAUGGCCGGAAGGACGAGGUUCAAGGGCUGUUGGAGGAGAUGAACAAGAACAAGUGUAAAUGUGACACUGUCACUUAUAAUGCAAUGAUUCAUGGGUUGUCUGAAGAGGGAGAUUUUGAUUCAGCAUUCGGCGUUCUGAAUCAGAUGCAAGAGCAGGGGGCCGAGCCAGAUGUGAUAAGUUACAAUGUAAUUAUCAGAGGACUUUGCAAGAAGGGGAAGUUGAGAGAAGCAAAUGAGCUAUUUGAGGAUAUGCCAAGACGGAAGUGCACGCCUGAUGUGGUGACCUACAGGAUACUCUUUGAUGGGCUGUGUGAUGGAAUGCAAUCCCAGGAAGCAGCAUUGAUAUUGGACGAAAUGGUUUUCAAAGGGCACAGCCCUCACCCCGAGUCUACCAGUAGAUUUAUCACAGGGUUGGUUCAAGGAGGGGACAUGGAAUUGUUGUUGAGAGCUUUGAAUACUUUCGCCCGAGUAAAUUUAAUUGGUGCAGAUAUUUGGAGAUUGAUCAUUUCUACUGUCUGCAAGGAAGACGAAUUAUUUGAAGCAUCUGAGAGUGUUAGUUCCAUGGCAACUGAAUGAAGUGAUGCUGUUUCAAACAGCCCAUCAUGGCAUUCAAAAGCCAUAGCCAGCAGCCCCUGCACAGUCUCUGAUCAGAUUAUAUGUUUUUUAAUACAUGCAACCAUCAGGCGUGAUUUAUAGCUGGAUGCAGAUUGAAGCCGCUCUCUCCAUUAUCAGUGUUGUCAAAUCAGUCACCACUAUCUUGUGGGAAAAUGCAUGGAAGGAAGAAUUAUGUAACCAGAAGUCUCAAACUGCACUAAAGCUAAACUUUGCGUGCACACAUUAUAUAUGGGUUACUGCAGAUGAUUUGAGCAGGCAAGUGAGAUGGUCAAAUAAUUGGAGGCGUAGCACAAAGCUAUGGGGAAUUGUUAAGGGGACAGUGCAAAUGUAGUGUUAGGAGUAGAGAUAUAAUAGAGAGGCCGGCGGCUUAGUUCAUCCAUACCUACCCAACUUCCACGAGGCAUUCACUAGACAAAAAACAAAUUAUUCCCUUUGUUUCAUUCCAAACAUUGAAUCUGACUUAUCCAACUAUAUUGGACCGUUUGACACCUCUACUAUAUAAAUACAACUCUCAGUUCCCCCUCUCUCCCCAUUAUGCAUUUCCUUCAAUCCUCCUUCCACCAUCUAGCUUGCAGAUAUAUACAAGGAGCCGGGAUAUAUGAUGGCUUGCCCCAACGCGGUUUUGCUUGCCUUGAUGGUUUUGUUGGCCUGUCAUGCAAUACCAAUGGAAUCAAGAAAGGUGAUGAAAAUGGAGGCGAGUUUGAGGAUGAUGAUGAUGAUGAUGAAUUCCCUCCCGAAAGGUGACGUUCCGCCUUCGUCUCCAAGUGAUAAAGGUCAUGACAAUGGCGAUAACACUGUCACUGGGCAUGGUGGUUUGCCGUCGGUCCAAAGCCAUGUGGAUCGAAAUUUGGGAUCGGUACCUAGCCCGACAAUUGGCAAUUAGUUGCAUUGGACAUUUGGAGUUCAAUUC